GCUGACACUGACAGACCGGCCAUUUGAAGCUCUCUCUCGCCAUCCUCUUCUCACAUCGCUCUCGAUCACAUCUGAAGCUAUCACAGUUUCCCCUAUCCAUCAUGUCCGCAGUAGACGGAACAGCUCCGCAAGCAGAGGUGCUCUCAAUCGCCUCCCCCAUAAACCUCCUCCUCGUCUCCGUCUUCACAUUCCUCGUCUACCUACAAUUUCGCCCCAAGCAGCCCGCUGUCCUCCCCAAGGCCCCUCCACCCGUCGUCUUCCGCACUUUCAUCCCGAAGACCCUCCUCGAGUUUAACGGCGAGAACGACAAGCCUGUAUACCUUGCUGUCCGCGGCCGUGUGUUUGAUGUUUCCCCCGGAAGGAACUUCUAUGGACCGGGUGGACCCUACGAGAAUUUCGCCGGCCGGGAUGCAUCCCGUGGUCUUGCCUUCCAGAGCUUCGACCGGGAGAUGUUAACGGAGGAUCUCUCGGCCCCGCUGGAUGAUUUGAAGGAUCUGGACGCGGACCAGUUGGAGAACCUGCAAGGUUGGGAGGAGAGGUUCUCGGAGAAGUAUCUUGUUGUUGGGAAGCUGGUUGCUGAGGGAGAUCCCGAGGCGCCGAAGUCAUGAAUUUGACAUGGGUGCUUCCGGCCUUGCCUUAGGGUGUGUGGUGAAUAGCAGAUAAGGUGACAGUGGUUGGGUGAUGACUUGGAUUUGCAGGAUAGGAAUUAUGAGUGAUUAUAGUGACUGGACAUAGGAAAGGUUUCGGGCUUUUGGAUUACUUUAAUCCAAGGGUACUCGUAUGCUUGUAUGAUCUUUUUGUCAUUCUGUACUGGAAAAGCGCAGUCUUAUGAGACAUGAUUUAUUAGCUUCGGGAAAUUAAUUCAAUUGUUUUUUAAACAAUAGUAUGUG